UGCGGCGAGAGCAGCAGGCAAAGGAGGCGUGCGGCGCCCGCCCCCGCCCGCGGUGCCCGGAGCCGAAGGUGCAGCGAGGCGCUCCCCCAGCCCCGUUCCCGGUGUCCCAGUCCAGCACCGACCCCGCGAGGCGGCCCUUCCCUGCGCAGCGGUGGCAGCGGCGGGCGGGAUGACGGCGGAGGAGAUGAAAGCGGACGGGGCUCCCCUGGAAGGGACAGACAUCACCCCCAAGCAGGAUGAGGGCGUCCUCAAGGUUGUCAAGAGAGAAGGCAGCGGGACAGAGUCUCCAAUGAUAGGUGAUAAAGUGACUGUCCAUUACACAGGAUGGCUUCUUGAUGGCACAAAAUUUGACUCCAGUCUGGACAGAAGAGACAAAUUUUCAUUUGACUUGGGGAAAGGUGAGGUGAUCAAAGCAUGGGACAUUGCUGUGGCGACCAUGAAGAUUGGCGAAAUCUGUCGGAUUACAUGUAAACCAGAAUAUGCCUAUGGCUCAGCUGGGAGCCCCCCAAAGAUACCUCCCAAUGCUACACUGAUUUUUGAGAUAGAACUUUUUGAGUUCAAGGGGGAGGACCUCACUGAUGAAGAAGAUGGUGGCAUCAUCCGGAGAAUCCGUAAAAAAGGGGAGGGCUACUCCAAGCCCAAUGAGGAUGCACUUGUAGAGAUCCAGUUUGAAGGCCGAUAUGGAGAUCGUGUUUUUGACAAGCGGGAAUUGCGGUUUGAGAUCGGGGAAGGUGAAAACUUUGAUCUUCCUCAUGGUCUGGAGAAAGCAAUUCAAAAAAUGGAGAAAUCGGAGGAAUCCGUGUUCUAUCUCAAACCCAGCUAUGGUUUCGGAAGCACUGGGAAUGAGAAAUUUCAGAUCCCUCCAGAUGCAGAGCUGCAGUAUGAAGUGAAACUCAAAAGCUUUGAAAAGGCCAAGGAGUCUUGGGAAAUGAACACAGAUGAGAAGCUGGAACAAAGCUCCAUUGUGAAGGAGAGAGGCACUCAGUACUUCAAGGAGGGAAAAUACAAACGAGCAGCGUUACAGUAUAAGAAGAUUGUGUCGUGGCUGGAGCAUGAAUCAGGACUCUCCGAUGAGGAGGAAUCAAAAGCCAAAAGCUUGAGGCUGGCUGCGCACCUUAAUCUAGCUAUGUGCCAUCUCAAGCUAAAGGAGUACUCACAGGCUUUGGAAAACUGCAACAAGGCACUCGAAUUGGAUAGCAACAAUGAAAAAGGCCUCUUCCGGCGUGGAGAAGCGCAUUUGGCUGUCAAUGACUUUGAGCUGGCCCGAGGAGAUUUCCAGAAAGUCAUACAACUUUAUCCAAGUAACAAAGCUGCCAAAGUGCAGCUGGUAACUUGUCAGCAGAAAAUACGGGAGCAGCAUGAGAAGGAGAAAAAGAUGUACGCCAACAUGUUCCAAAGGCUUGCAGACAAAGACUUAAAGUCAGCUGCUACUCUUCAGACCAGCCACACUGAAGAUGCAGAAAUGAAAGAUGAGCAGAAUGGAGUUGAAGAUAAAUCAGAAGUUGAAGCAGAAGCAUAAAAACAAACCUUAUUCCAUUAGUUUUGUAAAUGAAAGAAUUUCCAGUGAAUUA